AUGGAGGAUUGGGACCUCCGGUUGUCGCCUCCCGAGAGAAUGCUGCGACACACGAUCGACUCAGGACCGUACAGGUUACUCUCUUGCUCAAGUAAAAACGACAAAGCAGGGGUGUUACAGGAGCUAGAGAAGGGUGUGCAAGCAAAUUUUGCUGACUAUGAUAAGAGGACAGCUCUCCAUUUGGCAUCAUGCGAAGGUUGCACUGAGGUGGUUGUGCUACUUCUUGAGAGAGGAACUGAUGUGAACUCCAUUGACCGUUGGGGUCGAACUGUUGGACUUGAUGCACAAAAUCCAUGCUAUGAGAUUGACUGCAAUGAGAUUGUCAUGGAGGGGGCUAUUCUAAUUGGAGAAGGAGCGUUUGGUGAAGUGUAUAUGGUGAAAUGGCGUGGUACAGAAAUUGCAGCAAAAACAAUACGUUCCUCCAUUGCCUCAAAUCCAAGAGUUAGGAGUGACUUCAUGAAGGAAUUGGCUCUUUGGAAGAAGCUGCGCCACCCUAAUAUUGUGCAGUUCCUUGGCGUUCUAAAGCAAUCUGAUCGUUUAAUCUUUCUCACUGAGUAUCUCCGCAAUGGAAGCUUGUUUGAUAUACUGAGGAAGAGAGGAAGACUUGACCCACGGACUGCAGUUGCAUAUGCUUUGGAUAUUGCAAGGAAUGUGUUGCAAGAUGAAUCCGGCCAUCUUAAGGUGACAGACUUUGGCUUGAGCAAGAUUGCACUGGCUAAAGAUGCAGAGGGUUACAAAAUGACUGGUCGCACUGGCUCAUAUCGUUACAUGGCUCCAGAAGUUUAUCGUCGAGAAUCAUAUGGGAAGAGUGUUGAUGUCUUUUCAUUUGCCAUGAUCAUCUAUGAGGUACACAAGACUGUGGGUGGAUCCUCUUCUCAUGAUCAGUUGAAGGACUAUUCUCUUCUAUACUUGAAAGACUUCGCACCUUAG